AUGAGUGCGGACUCGUCAGCGGUGCGACCACUACCGUUCGUGCUGGUGGACGAUGACGGAGGCUUCAGCGUCAACCAGGAGGCAUGUGCUGUGCUGGAGAGGGUCAAGACGCGCCUCAUUGUGGUGGCUGUGGCGGGUCUGUACCGUACAGGCAAGAGUUUCCUGCUCAAUAUGUUAGUGAAGGGCGUAUCCGGGUCGCGUCAGGAGCAUCCAGGCUUCGCUGUGGGCGGUACAGUUAACGCUUGUACCAAGGGUAUCUGGAUGUGGGGAGAACCCAUCCCUCUGGACGAUGAUACCAGUGUAUUAUUCCUCGAUACCGAAGGAUUGGGCUCUGUAGACCGUGAACAGACCCACGACACGCGCAUCUUCGCGCUGGCAUUGCUACUAGCGUCCAACUUUGUGUACAACAGUCGCGGUGUGAUUGACGGCAACGCAAUUGAAGAUCUAUCGCUCGUUGUGAACCUAUCCAAGCACAUCCAGACGUCCUCGUCCUCUAAAGACGCAGCAGGCAACGCUGACAGACUGCACGAGUUCUUCCCGAGUUUCAUGUGGGUCGUGAGAGACUUUACGCUGCAAUUACUAGACAAUGGCAAACCCAUUUCCUCCAAACAGUAUCUGGAGAGCGCUUUAAAGCCCACAGGUGGCUACAGCGACGACGCAGUCGAGAAGGACCAGAUCCGAGCACUUUUAAGUGACUUCUUUCGACACCGAGACUGUGUGACGCUCGUACGCCCUGUCGAUGACGAGCAGAAGCUGCGGAAUCUGCCUCAAGUGCCUUAUGAGGAGCUGAGAGGCGAGUUCCGGACCAGCUUCGAGAGUCUGCAAAAGAGACUUUUUGGCAAGGCUAAACCCAAGAGUAUGUUCGGAACGCCACUGAAUGGAGCCAUGUUCGUCAACCUGGCCGGGUCGUAUGUCGAGGCACUGAACAGCGGCAAAGCGCCCGUGAUCUCGAGCGCCUGGAGUCGCGUCGUACAGGCGCAAUGUCAUGACGCACUGGAGGACGCAGUAAAGCGAUACAAGACCGAAUUGCAUGCACGUGUGCGACGUUAUGUAUCACCGGAACAAUACGAGGAAGAUGCUGGCUUUGAAGACAAAGGAGACAAGCAGGACGAUGAACUGGAAGUGGUGGACAACGGACAGGGUGGCAACGCCAUGUUCGAUGAGAAUGGCAACCUGAGAAGUGUGGCGUUGCGUCCUGAGUUGGAAGUGCAGGAUUCGUUAGAUGAAGACCCGACAGCGCCGGAGAACGAGAUGAUUGAGAUCAUGGAAAAGGACGACGACGCAGAGGCUGCACGUAGUGUGGAACGAACACGCUUGCCGUGCUCGGAAGAUAGACUGAAGAACGUGCAUCGCUUGUGCAAGCGCUUGGCUAAGAAGAAGCUACGUGACAUUGUUGAUGGAGACAUGGGCGCAGAUGCCGAUGCUGGUGGAGGUGACGACUACAUGGCUCAAUUCCGAGCAGCCGUGAGUGCAGAGUUUGAUUCGUAUCGUCAACAGAAUGCAGCGGCUUCUAUGGCAUACUGUCGGCAUGUACUGGGUGCUCUCAGUCGACCUGGGACGGAGUAUCUGGCUCAUCCUGAGCAACACCGACAGAAGUCAGCGAUGGAGCUAUUUCGUGAAACGCAGACUUUCUUACAGGACGAUUUGAGUGGUGUGCAUAAGGAAUAUUUCGCUCACGCUGUGGGUCCAUCGGCUGAUGCCGCAUACUGCGAGUUUGUGAGCCAACGCGUGCUCUCACAGGUGAUUCAACGCACGGAGAGUACGAAUGCUGCACACAUGACAGAAGUUCGUGCUCUGGAGAAGCAGAUGAAUGAUCUGAGUGUUAAGGUGGCGGUGGCACAGGGACAAGCAGGUGCAAUGCAGGAGCUCUCGGCUCAGCAACAGCAGAAGUGCGAGCUGGGAGUAAAGGAGGCUGAGCAGCGUUGUGCGUCUGAACUAGCAGGACUUCGCUCCACACUGGAGUUCAAGACGAACGAGCUGGAACAUAUAUUGAAUCAUAACGCGACUAUGAAGCGUCUGGCCGAUACAGCACAACAAGGGCAUUAUCGAGCCACCGAAUUUGCCUCCUCGGCCUUCGCCCAGAUCCUGUGUGGAUACCUCAUCAAGCAGCACAUGGCUCCUGGUGCUGGUGGAUCAGCUCGCGCAAAGUGGCAGCAGCGGUACUUUGUUCUCCAAGGUCCACAACUGAGCUUCUACGACACUAAGGAGGACUAUGAACGCUGUCGUUCGGACAAUCCGCCGAUGGACGUCACGGGUGCGAUCAUCGAAGACAACUACGCUGUACCCGAAGCGUUCAGCGUGUCUUUCCGUGACGACAAGUACUACCCGUUGCAGCUCCAUGCCAAGUCUCGGGAGGUCAAACAGGAGUGGCUCGUCUAUGGGAUCCUCAGCGUACGGUGA